CUGCCAAGGUGAGACACAGUUCACCAUGAGAGGUUCUAGGAUUUCACGAUUUGGGAGUCGGGCCACUGUUAACCUUAAAAGAUGAUUUUCCGAAAGCAUAUUUUCCUUAUUUGCUGUAUGCUGAUGAUUUCCUGUUGCAGAAUUAAAGCUAUAAGGGUCAUUGGUCGGAGUACAACUGUUAUAGUCGGGGACAAUGCCAGGAUGUUCUGUCAGCUGAUUGAGGCAAAUGAGAAACUAACACGGAUUACGUGGCAAAAACGGACACGACAAACGCUCACAAAUAAGAACUUUUUUGUCAUUACACCAGAGGGCAAAACAGAAAAUAUAAAUGGAUUAGGAGACAGAACUGAAUUUAUUGGGAACACCCAAGAAAUCAUUGGAUCAAUUCUUCUGAGAAAUGUUCUGUUAUUGGAUGAAGGAGUUUACACUUGCAUCUUCAACAUAUUCCCAAGUGGACCAUUCGAAACAGAGAUUCAUCUCAAUGUACAAGUUCCUCCUGUUGUCGAUGUGACCACUGAUGUGAUUCCUGUUGUUGGUGAGUCUGAAGUGACCUUGGCCACUUGCACUGCUGCUAAAGCACAACCUGCAGCAGUUGUGUCCUGGAGUCUGGGUGCUCUGAGCGACUCUGUAAAAGUACAGACUAACAUUUCUCCAGAACCUGAUGGAUCCUUCACUGUCCAAAGUUACCUGAUUGGUGUAGCAUCCAAAGAUCUAAACCAGCAGAAGGUUCAGUGUUUGGUGAACCACACCAGCCUGAAUAAGGAGCUGAUACUGGACCACACUCUAGUCAUCCAUUAUCCUCCUGGGGUUGUGUAUAUUAGGUCAGUUGUUUCAACAACAUCUCAAGAAUUUCAGUGCGUAGCUGAUGCCAAUCCACAACCAACGUUCACCUGGAGCAGGGCAAACAAGCCUCUUUCCAGCUAUGUUGAUGCUGACAGGCUGAUAAUCCCACUGACCUCUGAUAGUAAUGGCUUGUAUAUGUGUAAUGCAUCAAACCAGUAUGGAAAUGGCACAGGUACCCUUUAUGUGCACAUUUUCAGAGAAUGCACUACUGUCUGUUGGAUGUUGUUCAUCAUUCUCCUUCUCCUCCUUGGUGUGACUGCAAUUUAUUUAAUAUGGAAAUUUUGUUUAAUUAGAGAAUUAAUCAAAUUUACUUCAAACCUGACAGAAAGAAUUUGGCAUUCUGAGCAUGCUCCUGUGGCUACUGAUUCAGACAGACCUACAUGUAAUGGACACCAAAACCUCGAGGAAAGCAGUGAGCAGAUGCAUCAAACCCUCAUUCACCAGGCACAGUGUCACCAACAGAGGAACCAGGACUCAAUGUAGUUGUAAGCUGGCCUCAGAGGGACUAGAGGAAUGUGGUCAGCAGAGCCAGGGACCAGAGAAACUAUGGCCAAGGACACAGGAGAGCAAACGUCUGUUCAAAGAGAUAUUUAUGUAGAUCCCCAUCAUUUUGUUACUGACCUGAUGACAGCAAAUGAAGAGAACCCUGCCAUCAUUAUUCUGUAUCUCGAUUGGCCGUUCAGUGCUGCUAUGCAGACAGGGAGUGAUUAUAUGUAAUAUGUAACAAAAGUACCACACAGUGUGCAUUAAUUAAUCUUGUCGCUUCUCAGAGAGGUGAUUGUACUGUUACAGGUAAGGUUUUCUCACUCAGAAGUACUAAAAGCUACACUGGUUAAUGAUAUGUCCUUUUCAAAAUUAAACUGGCAUGCAAUUGUCCUGUUGAUCAAAGUCAAUAAAACAAUUCAUCUGAUGUU